AUGGCCUCUUCUUCCCUUCCGCCUUCGGGCGCCAAGGACCUCACCAACCCCCCAUUGGAGGGAUGGCUGGUAAAGCAGGGCUCCAACAAGUUCUCGGCGGAGAGGCGGCGGUGGUUCGAACUCGACUACCGACGCAAGGUGCUGUACUACUUCAAGAAGCCCAACCUGCCCAGCACAUCGUGCAUUGGCUUCGUCGACCUCAUGCUCGCCUCCUCCAUCGUCCCGGCCAACGAGAAGCUCUUCCAGUUCCAGAUCAACACUCCAGGGCGCAGUUACGUGCUGACGGCGCCGUCGGACAGCGAGUUCAAGAAGUGGGUCAAUGGCUUGAGCCACUUCCACAUGGUCGAGGCCCGCCAUCAACCGCCAGACUGUCAGUUCCAGCUCUCGCACAGCGCGGAGCACCUGCGACUGCUUUCCCCGCCCGACGACCCUAAGCCACAACGGCCCCAGCAGGAGCGGUGUGGUCACUGCCAAACCGGCCCGUGA